CCUUUUGUGUCGCGCUUCGCUGUACGGAUUGGAAUCGACGAGCGGCGGGGCGGGGAUUGGGGGGCUCAAGCAGAAGAAAGCGGCGUCUCUUUUUUUUUUUUUAGUUUGUGCGAUUUUUCACCGAGGGGGGAUUAGGGAAGGGAUAUUAUUUUCCUUUUCGAGGUGUGAUUAGGGGGAUACGUGCAGCCAUUAGGAUCUAAUUAAGAACAAGUCGUAUAAUUGUUUGUUUUUUCCUUGUUUCAAAAGAAAAGAAAAAAAUGCUUGUUCUUUAAGUGAUUCUGUAUUGCUUUAAUAGGUAUUUAGCAAGGUAUUUGGCCAGAAAGGAGCCUCCCUUUUUCAUAGCCUUGAAGUUCUGUUUCAGUGGGUGAAUGGAGUAGAAAUAAUCUUCUUUUUUUGGGUGUCAUGGUGUGCCAUGUUGCUUUACUUAAUGGUACUCUGGAGGAACCAGAUGCUAUUGAUAAGAUACCGAGGCAUUUUGCUGUUUGAUCAGAAGCUAAGAAGGGCAAAGCAACUUUUAUGUAUUGAAAUUUUUGCAAGCGCAAUUGUUCAACUAUAAUUUAUAUCUGUAAGUAUUAGAUAUAGAUUCUCUUUACAAACAAUAUGUUUUUAUAGAUGCACAAAACAUUGUAUAAAAAAUAAAUUGUCAUAUCUUUACCGAGUUUGUAGGCAUAUGAGAAUUUUGGAUGCUCAUAGGGAUCUAAUAGUACAUAUUCCUUUAUUUGUGCAUGUGUAAAGCUAUCGGCGUUUAUGAACAAUGGUUUCUGUGCCAUUGUAGAAUUUUAGCAGGGACUGAAAUCUAACAGGAACUACCAUUACUGUUUGUAAGCUAAAAGGAAAAAGUUGGUUUUCCCUUGUGUUGGUAGCCAGUGUGUUUACUUACUUCAUCCUAUUAGUCAGAAUUGCAAUGUACCAUAACGUAUCAUGAAAGCAAGCAUGUUACAAGGCAUUCCUUUUCAGUGCAUCUGAUUACUUCAUUUUUAUUAGGAUUAUGCCAAGAAGGGCUUAGUUGGGAAUUUAUGUUCCACUUUCUGAUUAAUACAGAAAUUGUAUCCAUUGAUGAUAUAUGGAAGAUGACUGGAUACGGUGGCGGGUAUGCAUUCAGAUGUUGCAGCUUUAAGGAAGUAUAGCAUAUGGCAUGAGGCUUCACGAAUUGUUCGAGAAGAAGGAUUUGGAGCAUUCUGGAAAGGCAAUCUAGUGACAAUUGUACAUCGGUUACCUUAUUCCGCCAUCAGCUUCUAUUCAUAUGAGCGCUACAAAAAUCUUCUCCAAAUGGUUCCUGGCUUGGAUAGAGACUCAAAUAAUGUUGGCGUGGUACGUUUGCUUGGUGGUGGUUUGGCAGGAAUAACAGCUGCAUCUGUGACUUACCCAUUGGAUGUUGUCCGUACUCGUUUGGCAACACAGAAAACAACUAGGUAUUACAAGGGCAUCUUUCAUGCACUGUCAACAAUUUGUAGAGACGAGGGUGUCAAAGGAUUGUACAAAGGCCUUGGGGCAACACUAUUGGGAGUUGGACCUAGUAUAGCAAUCAGCUUUUCUGUAUAUGAAUCACUGAGGUCUCGUUGGCAAGCAGAAAGGCCCCAUGAUUCCACUGCUGUUAUUAGCUUGUUUUCUGGGAGUCUAUCUGGUAUUGCAUCAUCGACAGCCACAUUUCCUCUUGAUCUUGUAAAGCGGCAGAUGCAACUACAAGGAGCAGCUGGGACACCAUCUGUCUGCAAAUCAAGCAUAACUGGAACUGUCCGCCAUAUCUUUCAGAAGGAAGGCCUUCGUGGCUUCUACAGAGGCAUUGCCCCUGAGUAUCUCAAGGUUGUUCCUAGUGUCGGAAUCGCUUUUAUGACCUACGAGACAUUGAAGAGCUUGCUCUCCAGCAUCGACGCAGACGAUGAGUGCUGAGGUUUUCCAAUUUACAAAGAGGUUAAGCUUCAGCAAGAUUUUACCCACAGGUUACUGUAAGAGACUAUGGGAAUCGGAGUGACGUGCCAAGCAUUUUUGUAGUUGUUGGUAGGAUAAAGCUUACCUGAGAUGUGUACAAAUAAACCACCAGUUUUAUGUUGUACCAUAGGUUAAAAAGAGCAAAUGAGCGCUCAGUUGGCCGUGUAAAUCAAAAGCCAUCUCUGUUUCCUCCGAGCAUUAUGCUCCAAUUUUGUAUCGUGAAAUGUAACUAGACGGAUUGGCGUAUC